AUGUCUUUCUCAAGGUCUCACCAUGAAAGAAAAUUUUUAGGUUUGGGCGAAAAGGCAAGCAUAGCCUUAGGUUUAUUGGACUUUACCGAAUCAGUUGCUUAUCAACUUGAGUUGCCUCUAGAGUUGGAUAGGAUUCAUGACGUGUUUCAUGUUUCAAUGCUGAGGCGAUACCGUUCUGAUCCCUCGCACAUUGUAUCAGUUGAGGAAAUCGAGGUUGGACCUGAUUUGACUAUCGAUGAGGAAUUGAUGCAGAUAUUGGAUCAUGAUGUUAAGGUGUUAAGAAAAAAAUCUGUUCCACUGGACAAAUUGUUCUGGCGUAAUCACAGUUCAGAGAAAGCCACGUGGGAGCCUGAGAAAGCGAUUCAGAAGCAAUACCCUCACUUAUUCUGA